AUGACUCGUCGAUUGUCGAAUACUUUUUCCAACAACUCCUCGCCAUCUACCCCUUCGUCUUCCUCUACGGCCGCCGAGAAAGGUCGGUUGAGUCAACUCUUUUCGACGUCGCCAAAACACAAGGCCGAGCCUUCCACCGCCCACGCAACUCUGCUCGCGGCCAGUAAAUCGAACACUUCCCUGAGUACCGGCGUGCCGAUAAGUUCAGCAUCAUUGUCUCUUCCUACAAUUUCACUAUCUACAGCAACUGCCGAUAGCCGCAAUAUGGACGAACCGCCAACCACACUGUUUCAGCCUCCGUCCCAGGAAGAGACGAGGCGGUUGGCGAAGCAGCAUGCGCAAUUCGCUCCGAUCAGCCAUCCAAGCCACAGAUACACAAGUCGACACCCCGGCGGACCAUUCCCUGAGCCAGUAAUGGACGAACCUCCUUAUUAUUAUCUUUUGACAACCUAUAUCAGUUAUUUGAUCCUGAUUGCCUUUGGUCACGUCCGAGACUUCUUUGGAAAGCGAUUCAAGGAGGAAAAUUACCGCCACUUAAAGCCACGAAAUGGUUAUGGCGCAUUGAAUAGCGACUUUGAUAAUUUUUACGUCCGUCGAUUGAAACUUCGUAUCAAUGAUUGUUUUGAACGUCCUGUGACGGGCGUUCCUGGUCGUUAUAUUACACUUAUCGAUCGUGGCACUGAUGACUAUAACCGACACUUCUACUUCACUGGUACCACUACGGAUACCUUGAACAUGAGCUCGUAUAACUAUCUUGGAUUCGCUCAAUCGGAGGGUCCCUGCGCAGAUGCUGUCGAGGAGAAUACUCGAAAGUACGGCAUUAGUACAGUGAGCACACGUGCCGAAGCCGGCACGACUGAUCUACAUGUCGAAGUAGAAGAUCUCGUGGCCAAAUUUGUCGGCAAAGAGGCAUCAAUGGUUUUCUCUAUGGGAUUCGGCACAAACGCAAAUGUUUUCCCGGCAUUAGUUAGCAAAGGGUGUCUUAUCAUUUCGGAUGAACUGAACCACGCCUCUAUCAGAUUCGGUGCUCGUCUAUCUGGAGCUUCCAUUACCAUGUUCAAACAUAACGAUAUGAAGUCACUGGAAGAAAAACUACGGGAAGCUAUUUCUCAAGGUCAACCACGUACCCAUCGGCCUUGGAAGAAGAUUCUGGUUGUUGUGGAAGGUCUCUAUUCCAUGGAGGGGUCUAUGUGCAAUUUGCCGGGACUGAUUGAGCUGAAGCACAAAUACAAAUUCCACCUCUUCAUUGACGAAGCUCACUCCGUUGGUGCUGUUGGUCCUCGUGGACGUGGUGUAUGCGAUUACUUUGGAAUCGAUACAAAGGAUGUUGAUAUUUUAAUGGGAACCCUCACCAAGUCAUUUGGCGCCAAUGGUGGUUAUAUUGCAGCCGAUAAGGCAAUGAUUGAUGCUCUACGAGCAUCCAACGCCGGCGUUAUUUUUGGAGAAGCACCCACACCCCCAAUUCUCACCCAGAUCAUGACUUCUCUCCGCCUCAUCAAUGGCGAUAUCUGCCCUGGUCAGGGAGAGGAGAGACUGCAACGGUUAGCCUUUAACUCACGGUAUCUCCGACUUGGCUUGAAACGUCUUGGAUUUAUUGUUUAUGGACACGAUGAUUCACCCAUCAUCCCUGUCCUGCUCUUCAACCCAGCCAAGAUGCCUGCAUUCUCACACGAAAUGCUCAAGCGCAAGAUCUCCGUGGUUAUUGUCGGCUACCCGGCAACGCCCCUGGUCUCUUCUCGCGCUCGAUUCUGUGUUUCAGCAGCCCACAAUAAAGAAGACUUGGACCGACUACUCACCGCAUGCGAUGAAAUCGGCAAUGUCCUGCAACUCAAAUUCUCCACUGGCAUUGCCGGCGGUGCCCUCCCACCCCCAGACGGUCUCUCCCCUGAAAUGGAAAAAGAAUAUUAUCAACGCCAACAGCAACGACUCAACAACCCCAAUGCCACAAUAGUUCCUCCCCGAUGGCGCAUUGAGGACGUGGUUCGUCGCGGUGCUCAAGAUACGAAGCGUCCGUUGGUAUAGAGAAAGAAAGCGGCUAUUACGCUUCAUGUAUAGAAAACUUCGCCCCCUUAAUAGUCGUUUGUCCGUGUAUGUUUAUAUAACUCAUACCCUCACCCGAUGGACUAUCAAGGCUUGCUGGCUAGCGUGACAAUGCCUUGAACUUCGCUUUUUUUUUCUUUUUUUGUUAAACAACCAAAGAUAGUAAUAAUGGCCCAAGUCUGGACGAAGGACAGGAACUUAUUAGAUAUGGAAAUGCAUUAAUAUGACCUUUAUAUGAUUAAUUCUGCAUGAUC